AAAGCAAUUACAGCACCUGCACUGCAGAGAAAGAACAACUACAAAGCAGUUACAGCACCUGUACUGCAGUGAAAGAACAGCUACAAAGCAGUUACAGCACCUGCACUGCAGAGAAAGAACAGUUACGAAUGAAUUACAGCACCUACACUGAAAAUACUAGAAAAGAACAAGGAUGGACAAGGAUUGGGACUCAGUUGUACUACUUCUCCACUGAGAAAAAAAACUGGCAGGAAAGCAGACAGGACUGUAAAAAUAAAGGAGGAGAUCUGAUUAUCAUCAACAGCCAACAGGAACAGGACAUUAUUCGUGGUAUGGAUGUCUGGAUCGGUCUGACAGACAGAGAACAUGAAGGAGCCUGGAAAUGGGUGGAUGGGACACCACUGACCACAAAGUACUGGAGGGAGGGAGAACCUAAUAACAUUCAUGAUGAGGACUGUGCAUAUAACGUGGCAGGAACAACCCACCCGAUUGGCUGGAAUGAUGCAAACUGCGAUGCAAAAUGUUUCUCGGUGUGUGAGAAGGCAGCUUAGCGCACACACAAACACAGACACACACAUGCACACAUGGUUGUAAUUAUAUCAUUUCUAUGAGGAAAAUGUUAAUCCCAAUAUGAUGACCUUAACCCCAACCUACACCUAACCAUAACCAAACAAAAUACGACUUUUGGAAUUCACUUUUAAAACAACUUGUUAAAGUGCAUUUAGUGCAAAAGGUUACUUAAGUAAGUGUAAUGGAGUAAGUGUGUGUUGGUGUGUGUGUGGAUUAUGUUUAUAGUACAUUGUGGGGACCAUAUGUACCCCAUAAUGUGAUUAAAAAUCUUUUAUUUUG